AUGUCUAAACCUGUCGCUCUUGAAGACGUUACUGGCGGAAGCGCAAAGGCUACUCACCUUUGUGUUUUAGUUCACGGCCUUUGGGGAAACCCAAGUCAUUUGCGCAAUGUUGCUAAGGCUUUGCGCGACGAAUACUCCGAAGACGAAUUAUAUAUCUUGCCUGCCGAGAAGAACUGCGGUAGCUUCACAUACGACGGCAUUGAGCUUGGUGGCGAGCGCGUGUGCGCAGAGAUCGAGGAGAAGUUGCGCAACAUUGAAGAGCAAGGAGGCAAGAUCACCAAGUUGAGUAUUGCAGGAUAUUCGCUCGGUGGUCUAGUUUCGCGAUAUGCGGUGGGUUUGCUAUAUGCGAAGGGAAUUCUCGAUGAUCUCGAAUGCAUGAACUUUACCACAUUUGCAUCCCCCCAUCUCGGAGUAAGAACACCACUAAAAGGAUGGCUCAACAACAUCUGGAACGUCCUCGGCGCUCGAACACUAUCAAUGUCCGGCCGCCAACUUUUUACCAUCGAUAAAUUCCGCGACACCAAUCGACCUCUUCUCGCAGUACUCGCCGAUCCAGAUUCUAUCUUCAUGUCUGGCCUCAAGAAGUUUAAGCGCCGCACACUAUACACAAACAUCGUCAACGAUCGAAGUGUUGUGCACUACACAUCUGCGAUUACCAAACAUGAUCCUUAUACAGAUAUCGAAAAAGUCAAUCUCAACUACGUCAAGGGAUACGAGGGUGUAAUUCUUGACCCUGACCAUCCUAUUGCGCCUCGACCGAAAGUUCGACAAGAUACGCUGUUGACAGACUACGAAGCUCUCAAGAAGUGGGUCAAGAGCAUCCCGUUCAUGGUGACGGUCGGUGUUAUAAUUCCGGUCGGAGUUGUUGUCUUCCUCGCCAACUCUGCCGUCCAAACAGUUCGAAGUGCCAAUCGAAUCAAGGCGCACGAGUCAGGAGAGGCUGGAUUAAAGAUCGAGCAGUACCGCAUGCCCCUACGGAUCAAGGAGAUUCGAGAAGAAGUCGAACAGGCCUACGAGGCUCUCAACAGCUCACAGAACCAGCAAUACUUGGCAGCGUCAGAUUCAGAAGACGAUCUGGCCUAUGAUGCUGAGGAUCGCAAGUUGCUGAAGAAAGAGCGCAGGAUGUCGACUCCAGGACAGCCCACGCUUGCGCUGACUCCUGAUCAGUUCGAGAUGAUUGAGAACUUGGAUGCAGCUGGUUGGCGUAAGUUUCCUGUUCAUAUUCAGAAGCACCGACAUAGUCACGCGGCUAUUGUUGUGCGCAUGGAUAAGGAGAGUUUCGCAGAUGGUUGGGUUGUUUUGAAGCACUUUGCUGGAAACCAAGUGACAUUGAUUCGUCAUACUCCUACACCGUGGCAUCUAUUGCUCGAACCCGCGACAAUGGUUCUCACUCACACGACAAACCAUAACUAUAACCACCCGUUCCCGACUGUCACUCUCGCCUACUUCCUCCGAUACUCCUCGCCUCAACUGAACCCCUUCGCAGCCCAUGUUCUCAGCACCGACACCAUUGAGAGCUAUGUCGACCCAAAAACCCGUCGACUUCACACAACUCGCAUCCAUUUGAAGAAAAGUCGAAUGCCUGGUGCUGUAUACAAGUUGCUUCCUGCCAGUGUUACUGGUGGUGGCUCUGGAGACAAGGCUUCGUACAUCCUCGAGACGAGUGUUGUCGAUAUCAAGGAGGGUUGGAUGAAGACGGAGAGCCGAAACCUCAAUUUCACGGGUGUGCUCUCUGUUAUUGAGAAGCAGGAGUUCAACGUUCCUACCGAAGGCGUUGCCCAGAAUCCUAACGAGACUGCUGUGACGACUAUGGUUCAGUUCAGGUCAAGACUUGGGGAUAAAAUUAGGGGCAAACUGGGACAAGCUCAAGAGGACGGUUGGUUCAAGAAUGGCAUCAUUGGCGGCUGGGGCACGAAGGGUAUUCAACGCAGCAUCGAGAGCAUCGCCUCUACCAAGACGCAGGAUCAAAUGGGUAAAAGCCGCGAUGGCAUGAAACUCGUCCUCGAGAGACUACGCAACAACGGUGUAAUGGGAGUCCUCGAGACGAUACGGCGAGAACGUCAACGACAGCUCGCCUGA